GUCAUAACAUGUUGCGUGUGUUGGCGAUAUAUCCCAUGAUUCCACGGGGCUGGGUCUCUCUUUCCCUGAAUCACAAUGUCUAAGAGAGGACGUGGUGGUUCGUCCGGAGCGAAAUUUCGCAUCUCCCUUGGUCUUCCUGUGGGAGCUGUGAUCAACUGCGCUGACAAUACAGGGGCCAAGAACCUGUACAUAAUCUCUGUCAAAGGCAUCAAGGGACGUUUGAACAGACUACCAGCUGCUGGUGUUGGUGACAUGGUCAUGGCAACUGUAAAGAAAGGCAAACCAGAGCUCCGGAAAAAGGUGCAUCCAGCAGUAGUUAUACGGCAGCGGAAAGCGUACCGGAGAAAAGACGGGGUGUUUCUCUACUUUGAAGACAAUGCGGGGGUGAUUGUAAAUAACAAAGGAGAAAUGAAAGGUUCUGCAAUCACAGGUCCUGUUGCCAAGGAAUGUGCAGAUCUGUGGCCCAGGAUUGCUUCCAAUGCUGGGAGCAUUGCAUAAGAAUUGUAAACAGUUUCUAAAAUGAUACCUGUAUGAUUCAAUAAAUGUUUUUACCCCCAGAGACACGAGAACUCACUGAUUUUAUUUUUGACCCAUGUCCCCUAAUUUAUCUGUAGCAAGUUCUGUAAUCAAAGAUGUGGUUUGCGAUCCAUGUUUAUGUAAAUAAACUACCUGUAUUUGAUAAUCUUUA